CCGCCUUGGGCUCUGUUCUGCCGUCCGGUUGAAGGCGGGGGAGCGGAGGCGCCCGCAGAAGUUCCCGCACUCGGUCCCGCCGCCCUGGUCCGAGCUGGCUCACCUGCUGCCGGCCCCGGCCAUGUACAGCAUGUUGGACGGGGGGGACAUGAAGAGCCCCGGGGCCCCUCCCGCCCCGGGCGGCAACGCGGGCCCGGGGGGCAACGGCAAGGCCGGCGGAGGGGCCGGAGCCGGAGCCGGAGCCGGAGGAGGGGGCGACCAGGACCGGGUCAAGCGGCCCAUGAACGCCUUCAUGGUCUGGUCCCGCGGGCAGCGGCGCAAGAUGGCCCAGGAGAACCCCAAGAUGCACAACUCGGAGAUCAGCAAGCGCCUGGGCGCCGACUGGAAGCUGCUGACGGACGCCGAGAAGCGGCCCUUCAUCGACGAGGCCAAGCGGCUGCGGGCCGUGCACAUGAAGGAGUAUCCGGAUUAUAAAUACCGGCCGCGGAGAAAGACCAAGACGCUGCUGAAGAAGGACAAGUACUCGCUGCCGGCCAACCUGCUGGCCCCGGGGGCCGGCGCCGUGGGGAGCCCCGUGGCGGUGGGCCAGAGGCUGGACGGCUACGCCCACGUCAACGGCUGGACCAACGGGGCCUACUCGCUGAUGCCCGACCAGCUGGGCUACCCGCAGCACCCGGCCAUGGGCGGCCCGCAGCUGCCGCAGAUGCACCGCUACGACAUGGCCGGGCUGCAGUACGGACCGGUCAUGCCGGCGGCCCAGAGCUACAUGGCGGCCGCCGCCGCCGCCGCCGCCUACGGGGCCGUGUCCCCGGCCGCCUACGGCCAGCAGCCUCCGGCCUCCUCCUCCGCCGCCGCCGCCGCCGCCGCCGCCGCCGCCAUGAGCCUGGGCCCGGGACCGGCCGGCGGCUCCGUCGUCAAGUCGGAGCCCAGCUCGCCCCCGCCCGCCCUCCCCUCGCACCCCUCCUCGCACUCCUCGCACUCGCAGCGGGCUUGCCUGGGCGACCUGCGGGAUAUGAUCAGCAUGUACCUGCCGCCCGGCGGCGACGCCACAGACCCUUCCUCCCUGCAGGGAGGCCGCUUGCACGGCGUCCACCAGCACUACCAGACUGCCGGGACGGGGGUCAACGGCACCGUGCCGCUCACUCACAUCUGACAGGCCCCGGACCUCCAGCCCCCGGACCCUCUCCCUCUCCUCCUCCUCCUCCUCCGGCCGGGCCCGCAGACUUCAGAGCCGCCCCCCUCCCUCCCCGGACAACCCCGACGUCUGUUUCGGUGCCGUCCCCCUCCCUUCGGGGCAUCCUCCCGACGACGAACCGAGCGGGACCCCCCCCCCCCGCCCCCCUCCCUUCCCUCUCCGGGUCGCCCGACGCUUGGGAACUUCCUUGGAAGUUGGGAAUCUCCGACUCCGAAAGAUCACCCCUUGUUUGGAGAGAGGGGUGGGGGGAGGAAAGCGCGGUUCGACGGACUCGAAUGUUUACACUGGUUUUCAGAAAAAAACAAAAUUUACACCCCCCCCCCCAUCCCUCCAACAUCUCAUCCUCCUCGGGGUUUUAUCCCAAACUGUGUAGCUGGUUGGGUUGUUUUUUUUUUCCCCUUUAAACUUUUUAGAACGAAUUACCCCAAGAGCUGUGCGGGUCGCAAACGCAAGUUGCUUUUUUUUUUUUUAAUUUAUAGCGAGUUGUGUGUGUGCGUGUUAUUUUUUUUUUUUUUCUUCCCACCGCCCCUUACUGGUUUGCGAACUUUCUGUAAAGGGAAAAAAAAAAACAACUCGGAUGACGAUGUGGAGUUGGUGAAUCCUACCGUAAACUGUUGGACUUAUCGGCGCAAGAAGCAAGCAGCAAAUAUUCUAGAGUCUGGGGGAGGGGGGAGGUUAUUUUUUUUGUGUGUGUGUGUCAGGUUUUUAAAGAUUUUACCCUUGAAAACUCCCCAAACGAGAGAGAUCAAUAAAUUUUAUAACCGGCA